GGCUCGCCAGAGCAGCGACGAUGCCCCGAAGCCGGACACCGGCCCUAGUCCCGGGUCCGUCGCUCAAUUAGUCCCCGCGAGCGCGCCGCCGCCAACGCCGCGCCCAUACGUAGCGAUGGGCAACACGGUGCAUAGGACCUUGCCAGAGUCUAGUCCACCAGCACGCCUCCUGGCCACUCGGCCAUGCUGUGGCCCUGGUCCCAAUCGGCGCCCGGUUCUUGGCGAGGCACCACGCUUCCAUGCACAGGCCAAGGGCAAGAACGUGCGGCUGGACGGCCACUCACGCCGGGCAACGCGGCGCAACAGCUUCUGCAACGGCGUCACAUUCACGCAGCGACCCAUCCGGCUGUACGAACAGGUGCGACUGCGCCUGGUGGCCGUGCGCCCUGGUUGGAGUGGUGCUCUGCGCUUCGGCUUCACAGCGCACGACCCGUCCCUCAUGAGCGCCCAGGAUAUCCCAAAGUAUGCAUGUCCCGACCUCGUCACACGGCCCGGCUACUGGGCCAAAGCACUGCCCGAGAGCCUGGCUCUGCGUGACACCGUGCUGGCCUACUGGGCCGACCGCCACGGCCGUGUCUUCUACAGCGUCAACGACUGCGAGCCGGUGCUCUUCCACUGCAGUGUGGCCGUGGGCGGCCCACUCUGGGCACUCAUCGACGUCUAUGGCAUCACUGAUGAGGUGCAGCUUCUAGAGAGCGCCUUCGCCGACACGCUUACACCUGCCCGUCUAAGUCUGGCCCGCUUCAGCGCCUGUCUGCCUCCCAGCAGCCAUGACGCCGCCAACUUCGACAACAAUGAGCUGGAGAACAACCAGGUAGUGGCCAAGUUGGGACAGCUGGCGCUGGCACCUGCCCCGGGCGCACCGCCCGUCGACUCCGCGGUCGCAGCCAUCCCGUGCGGGCCCCGUGACCGCCCGCGGCCCUCGUCGUCCCCCGCACUGCUCGAGGCCGACCUGCGCUUCCAUGCUACCCGCGGACCCGACGUGAGCCUGUCUGCCGACCGCAAAAUAGCCUGCGCGCCAAGGCCUGAUGGCGGCCGCACACUCGUCUUCUCUGAGCGGCCCCUGCGGCCUGGCGAGAGCCUCUUCGUGGAGGUGGGCCGCCCGGGACUGGCGGCGCCCAGCGCUCUGGCCUUUGGCAUCACAUCGUGCGACCCAGGCGCUCUCCGGCCUGCCGAGCUGCCCGCCGACCCCGACGCCCUGCUCGACCGCAAGGAGUACUGGGUGGUAGCGCGCGCCGGACCCGUACCUAGUGGCGGGGAUGCACUCAGCUUCACGCUCCAGCCCAGCGGCGACGUGCUGCUAGGCAUCAAUGGGCGCCCACGCGGUCGUCUGCUGUGCGUGGAUACCACGCAAGCACUCUGGGCCUUCUUCGCUGUGCGCGGUGGCGCUGCGGGCCAGCUACGCCUCCUGGGCACCCUGCAGUCCAGCCCUGCAACCACAUCUCCAUCAGGAUCCCUCAGCGGCUCCCAGGAUGAUAGUGAUUCUGACAUGGCCUUCAGUGUCAACCAAUCUUCCUCCGCAUCUGAGUCAUCGCUAGUGACAGCCCCCAGCUCCCCACUGAGCCCCCCAGUGUCACCGGUGUUCUCCCCCCCGGAGAUGGCAGGCAGUAAGAAUGGUGAGUGCACGGUCUGCUUUGACGGCGACGUAGACACGGUCAUCUACACGUGUGGACACAUGUGCCUGUGUUACACCUGCGGCCUGCGGCUCAAGAGGCAGGCCCGGGCUUGCUGCCCCAUCUGCCGGAGACCCAUCAAGGACGUGAUUAAGAUCUACAGGCCGUAG